UUAUUAAUUAAAAAUAAAAAUAAUAACAAUAAUAAUGAGUUUAUUGGAGAAAUUAAAAGAUCAAGGCUGGUACUUGACCGAAGAGGGCUUGAAGAAAUUAAUCACCGAAUUGCAAAAUGAAGAUAUUGCAAAACUAGUUACAGAAGCAAAAGAUUGGGAUUUGAAGGAGCUGGGUGGUGGAGCUCUACCAAACAAACUGGAUACCAAUUGCAUGAUUACCGGACGCAUUGUUUUACAAAUACAAAGAGUGCGUAACGUUUCUGCUCCGAAGGCUAACGAGGAAUCGACGGUUGCUCCAAGAUUGCUGCAAUGUGAACUUACGGAUGGUAUUCAAAUUAUGCAAGCUAUUGAAUUAGAACAUUUGCCCUUUUUGCAUCUUAAUACGCCACCCGGUACCAAAUUGUUCUUUAAAGCCGAAAAAAUACAAAUAAUGCAGGGUUUUCUAGUAUUGAAACCUGAUGAAGUACAGAAUUUGGGAGGAAACGUUGAACAUUUAGUGGAGAAAUGGGAUUUGGCUCGACAAAUGCAGAAAUAUGCACGCAGUGGUAUGAGAAUCAAUGCCGGAUCGGGUGGCCCGCCGCCAUGGAUUGCGUUUGGCAAACGAUUGGAUACCCAUAAAGAGGCUCUAACGCAAGAUAGAAAUUUUAAAAGUCUGCAAGCUGCCAACGAAAAGGACAAGGAAUCGAAGGAAAAUGACGAAUUUCAGGCUAUGCGUAGUGAAGCGAUUGCCGAAGCAGCUAAAGCCGGUGUUAAGAAAGUCUUUGGUGGUGGCCAACAAAAUAUUUUAGACCACAAUGUAAAGAAAAUUUUAGAUAAGGGUUAUUCUGAGGAAGAGGCGAAGCAAGCUUUAAAAGGCACUCAUAACAAUUUAGAGCGAGCCUUAUUCACUCUCAAGAGAAAAAAGGAUCCCCGAAACGGUAAUAAUGAAACUCACAACAGGUCCGAAACUAGCAGCGGCCGGAGACAACGUGGUGGAAGGGUUAAUUCAGCUAAAGAAGAUGUGUCUGCGCCUGCCAAACCUGCAGGAAACGUUUCUCUAUUCGAUUUCCUUACAAAUAAACUAUCAGCAACAUCUGAAACUGUAAUGGCAACUACAUCUGCUAAUCAAUCUCAGCAACGGAAGGAAGUGAACAACAGCAAACAGCAAAGCGUAGAGAAAGGUAAAUUUGAAAACAAUAUGUCGUCUAGUUUCGCUGCAAAUCGGGCAACACAAGUCACGAAUGGCGCAACAAAGGAAAAAUCUAAUUACAAAGAUGAACGUCGCCGUGAUUAUUGGAAUAAUACCACAAAAACGGGCUAUCAAAACUCCACAGCAAUAACUCAAGCUAAUAAUUUGAGUUCAAGCGGCGACACAUUUAAUAAUAAUCGAAGAAAUGAAAAAUCCUUUAGGAAGGAAAGUGAUUAUGCAACGCGUGGCAAUGCAACAAACUAUCACAGUAAGCGUGGGGACUAUAAGCAGCAAUCCCAUCGGGAUCGCAACCCUAAUCGUUCGGACAGCAAACGUCUGACCACCAAUACAAAUAAUAGCACCCACAGUAAUAUUUUACCAGCCGCUGCUGGUAAUACGGAAACUGAGGUAUCAAAAUUGGUCGAGUCUACAUCAGAACUGAAAAUAGAGUCUAAAAGAGACAAUUACCAACCACAAGGUCAAAACCGGGGUAAACAGCAGAAACAAUUGCCGAAAGCGGCACACCAACAAUCAAUACAAAAACAAGCAUCCCAAUCAGCCGCCGUUUAUGUUGCAAAUAAUCCGAUGCAGUCAACAUCGCAAUUUAUUAGUACUCAAAACUUCUUGACUAAAUCGAAACCAGCAGCAGGAGCCACGUCUGCCUUUGUUGGUCAACUGUCAAAUGGAUUCCCGUACGAUCCCAGUAAAAUAAUAGGUUUUCAAAGUAAAGAAGCCAAUGAAUAUGCCAUGAACUUGUUAAAGAGUCAGGAAGCAUCUACGACAAGAAAUUCGCCACAUGUGAUGCCACCAUCGUCAGUAUCGCAACCACCAAUUGCCCUAAAUAAUUCAACCGGAUCUUUUGUAGCAAAUACUAAUACUAAUUCUUAUGCCUCGUCUCCUCCACAACCCAUAGUACCACCGCCGCUACCACCAUCUGUAGCUUAUGAAAUAACUCCAGGAGCCAAUUGGCCGUGGAAGAAAGGCGAACGAUGCUUAGCGAAAUAUUGGGAAGAUGGCAAGUAUUAUGAGGCGGAAAUCACCAAUAUUUCGAACACCACUUGCGUAGUGUUGUUUAUGGGUUACGGGAAUUUCGAAGAAGUCUUAAAAUCAGAUUGUUUACCCUUAACUGACGCCCAACAUCACACUGUUAUAGCCUACCAAAAUCUUGGCCCUAGUGUAGCACUGGCGCCAUCCCCUCAGUUGGUGCAGCCUCAACCAUUUCAGCGUUCUAACAAUGUUGGCAAUUCUCAAAGAUAUCGAAGUGAACGUCAAAUGUAUGUGCCACCGCCCAAAAGAAGUGCUAACAACUGACAAUUUUUACUAACUAAAUCGCACCAACCAAGCCAGCAGCAUGAAGAGCAAUCAAGCAUACAACCAAUACCACCACCGCCAUAUUUUACGAAUUAUAACUGAAUGCUAAAAUAACGUAAAUUGUGAACAAAAACAAAAUGAAAAUACAUACA